CAUAUAUCUCAGCAGUAUGCAAACAGUGCAGACAGUGCAGAUAGUAAAGCAAGCAGUAAAGGAGCAGUAGAGAUCAAAAGCUGGAUGACAAUGUCUUGCUAAAAAUUAUUUGCUGUGAAUUAUUCAUACACAUUAGAGAAAUAUAUCUCUGAAUCAAAGCAUUGGCAGUAUAUCUAAUAAUCAAGACUUAUUUGUGUACCAAUUGUUCUUGAUUAAAGAUAAAACGAGAAUGUGUGUUAUAAAGAUUAUUUAUUUUUUGUAACGAACAAGCUUAAUGUAUAUGAGCUUAAAAUAUGGCCUUGAAGGAAAGUGUACUAUCUUAUCACAACAUUCCAUUUAACAAGGAGCAGUAAUAAAAUAUCUGUAAUAUCAUGUAUUUUUUUUACAAUUCAAAAUGGAUGCAAAGGAUACUAUAAUUCAUACUGAAGUACUUGAAAUAUUGAGUUAAAUAGCGAUUUGUAUUAUAUAUCAUGGUGCAGCAGUGGCUUCCCAAUUUUGAUGGUGGUCGUAGUGGAAGGCGUUUUAUACUGACACUCGCUGCUGGAAUAGCUUUUGGCUUUCUAUCGGCAUGUCUGCUUAUUACAUCUACAAGAGAUGUACCGCAUAUUUUCAAAUGGAUGCCGGGUAAUUCUGGUCUUUCUAGAGAUCCUCAUCAUUAUUCAGAACUGGAGUCAGAGAUUGGUCCUGAAACAGAAGUGAAAUUUCAUGGUGAAGAUGAAGAUUUUCAUAAAGGAGAAGACAGGAUAGCUCAGGAUAUGGCGAAGAAAGUGCGUGUCCUUUGUUGGAUUAUGACUGGUCCAAAGAAUCAUCAGAGUAAAGCUCGUCAUGUGAAAGCGACGUGGGGGAAACGCUGUAAUAUACUUUUAUUCAUGAGUUCUGAGGAAGAUGCUAGCUUACCUACUGUAGUUCUGCCAGUAAAGGAAGGUAGAGAUAAUCUAUGGGCGAAAACCAAAGAAGCGUUUAAAUACGCUUACGAAAAGUACAAAGACAAAGUUGAUUGGUUCAUGAAAGCUGACGAUGAUACGUAUGUAAUAGUGGAAAAUCUGCGAUACAUGCUAUCAUCUUACAAUCCAAACUCUUCAUUAUAUUUUGGCUGCAGAUUUAAACCUUUUGUGAAGCAAGGGUACAUGAGCGGUGGUGCAGGAUACGUACUUAGUAAGGAAGGUUUACGCAAAUUCGUGGAAGUCGGCUUACCCGAUAAAACCAAGUGUCGACCGGAUAAUGGUGGCGCGGAAGACGUCGAGAUGGGAAAAUGUCUUGAAAAGAUUGGCGUACGAGCGAUGGAUUCUAGAGAUCCUCACGGACGAGGUAGAUUCUUUCCAUUCGUGCCAGAGCACCACUUGAUACCCAAUCAUGUGGACAAGAAUUUCUGGUAUUGGAAGUAUAUCUAUUACGAUACCAAGGAUGGCUUAAACUGCUGUUCGGAUAGCGCGGUUUCAUUUCACUACGUGUCACCGAACAUGAUGUACGUUCUCGAAUAUCUGAUUUACCACCUGAGACCGUACGGUAUCAAUCAUGGCCUGGAAAAACCAUCCGUGGAUCGACCGUCAACGUUGACCGAAUACUAGUCCGUACACUGUCAUAAAUAGAUAAUAAGAUUCUUUUUAUACAUGAUACUAGUCCAUUCGAGCCAACGAGUGUAAUAUGUUCUCAGAGAAAAAAGUGUGAUAUAUCGUACUUCUUAGAUAAAUGAAUUCUUUAUAUACGUAUCUAUAUUAAUCAGGGGAUGCUAUAGAGCCAUAAAGGAUAUAACUAUAGCGCAAAGUGAAAGGAGAAGGAAAUAUAUACUGCAAGCACAAUAGAUACAUUUUUUCAGGGAAAUCGUAGUUUUGUUGGUGCUUGUAACAUUAUCAUUUUUUAAAUUUAUAAGAUAGAUAUAAUUUUUUUCAUGGUCAUAUGCGCAUCUAAUCUUGAACAGAAAAAAAAAUAUAACAUAUAUUAAUAUGUAU